CAAACACACGAGAGAGAGAGAGAGAGAGAGAGAGAGAGAGAGAGAGAGAGAGAGGGAGAGAGAGAAAAAGAACAAAAAUGGCAGGUGAGAAUGUGGUAAGCAGCAAGCAGGUGAUUUGUAGAGAGGAAAUAACAGGAUUGCCAAAAGAAUCUGAUAUGUAUAUUGGGACUAGUACCAUCUCACUCAAGGUUCCACAAGGAUUAAAAGCUGUUCUUGUUAAGAAUCUUUAUUUGUCUUGCGAUCCCUACAUGCGAGGCUUCAAGGAUAAGAAGAAAGAUCGCCUUUUCUAUUCCUUUUCGGCUGAUUCUCCAGUAGUUGGGUAUGGAGUGGCAAAAGUUGUGGAUUCUGGGAGCCCAGAGUUCAAGGAAGGAGACCUGGUUUGGGGCCCAACAAAAUGGGAAGAGUACUCUCUCCUAACAAAUCUUGAUACCCUUGUUAAAAUCCAUCACACUGAUGUACCUCUUUCCUACUAUAAUGGAGUUCUUGGAAUGCCAGGCCACUCUGCUUAUGUUGGGUUCUAUGAAAUAUGUGCUCCUAAGAAAGGAGAAUAUGUCUUUAUCUCAUCAGCAUAUGGUGCUAUUGGUCAGAUCGUUGGCCAAUUUGCAAAGCUUAUGGGUUGUUAUGUUGUUGGCAGUGCUGGAAGUAAAGAAAAGGUCGAUAUUCUGAAGAAUAAGUUAGGAUUUGACGAGGCUUUCAAUUACAAGGAAGAGCCCGACUUGGAUGCAGCUUUGAAAAGGUAUUUCCCAGAGGGCAUUGACAUAUACUUCGAGAACGUGGGGGGCAAAAUGCUUGAUGCAGUGCUUCUGAAUAUGAGAGUUCAUGGUCGCAUUGCUGCCAGUGGAAUGAUCUCUCAAUACAAUCUUGAACGCCAUGAGGGAAUAACCAACUUGAUGCAGAUUGUUUAUAAGCGAAUUCUUAUGAAAGGAUUUCUGGUUUUCGAUUACAAUCACACAUAUUCUAAGUUCUUGGAACAUACGUUGCCUUAUGUCAGAGAAGGAAAGAUUGUUUACAUGGAAGAAGUAAAUGAAGGAAUUGAGAGUGGCCCUCGAGCCUUGGAAAGACUUUUUACAGGCCAAAGUACUGGAAAGGGAAUAGUUGUUGUUGCUCGUGAUUAAGUUUAGUUGGAUUUCCAAUGUUCAUGAGCUAAAGUCUAUGUAACUAAGAUUUGAAUUCUUGUCAAAUCCAGAUUAUAUGUGAAAUUAAAAUAUAGUAUGUGUAAUGAGACUCCCAUAUAAAUAAAUGAAAUUCACAUCUUUAUGUAUUAAA